AUGGCCUUAGGUCAAGGAGGCAUGAGUUUGGAUGAGACCGAUGGCGAGUAUACUCGUCACAAUGACAAGAAAGUUCGACAUGUUUGCUUGCCAUGGCGCCAUCCCUCUCUUGCUGCAUUUUACAGGAACGUUGAUUCUUAUGAGGAUGUGCACCCACUUCAUCUCACGGAACAAGGCAAUUACUCGCUAUCUCGCAUCUUUGAAGCAAAUGCGUCGUCAUCGUCCAAGAGAAAGCCGAUCACGCAGUUGCUGAAGAACUUCUACAACCCCAACUGGAUGAAGACUAUCACUCAUGCUCAGCGCAGUACCCUACGGUUCAAACUGGCAUUCGAAAUACCUGACCUCCCAGAAUUCACGGCGAGGAGAAACUAA